CCUGCCGCCAGAUGGCGCUGUGGUAGCGGUGGGAUGUAUUCUGAGUCUGUGUGGAAGGUGAUGCUCCCGGUUUGAACGCGACGGGACCUGACUAGAAGGAUUCUUCCCGGUACCGGAGGUUAUCUGUGAGCGACGAAGUAACGGCGGCGCAGCAGCGGCUACAGGAUGGAGUCUAGGGUGUUGAUAUGCUGGCAGCAGCAGAAGGUGGAGCUCGAACAGGAAGUGUGUCGUCUCCAGGAGGAGUUGGCAGAGAGCCGAGCUGAGAGAGAGGAGCUCGAGUCCAGGAACAGAGCUCUGAAUGACCGGCUGUGCCGGACAAUGUCUCCUUCACUUGGUAUCUCCCUCAGAGAGGAGGAGGAGCAGAGGAGGUGGAAGAGGAAACUAAGGGAGGGCAGAGAGAGGGAGGCCCGACAGGCACUGCUGAUCCACCGCCUGCAGAACAAGGUGAUCGACUACAGGGACAGGUGUCAGAGCUUGGAUCUGCAACUUCAGGAAGAGCACACAAAGCUGUUCGCUUCUGAGCAGAGGGUCAGAGACGAACACAGCGCCUCUUUAGAGAGCGCCCUCAUCAGGCUGGAAGAGGAACAACAGAGGUCGGUCAGUCUGGCUGACACCAACGUUCUCCUCCGAGAACAGCUCAGCCAAUCAGAGCAGGCCAACCAGAUACUGAGAGAAGACCUUCAGAAGCUGACAGCUGAUUGGACGAGAGCUGUGGAGGAAGCAGAGCAGAAAGAAGCAGAUUGGCAGAGAGAGAAGGAGUGUGGGCGGGGUCGUGUGGGUCAGCAGCAGGCCCGGUUUCUGGCGGUCUGGAGGUCUGUAGUGGACCUACGGAGACUCUGCCACUCAGUAAAAACAGCUGCUGACAGGGAUCUGUGGCAGCUCAGAGCCGAGUUCUCCAGACUCUCCUCCUCCCUCCUCUUCAGCUGUGACUCUGUCUGCUCCUCCCUGAGAACCAGUGCUCCUCACAACAAACCCUGUGGCCUCCCUCAUCCCUCAUCCAAACAUGUCCUCCCUUCUCCUGACUCAUCUCCACCUCCACUCUCCUCAUCGAUUCUGGGAGUCUUCACCAUGGCAGAGAUCAAAGAAGAGGAGGAGCAGAGAAUGGAGGUGAAGCUCCUCUGUGAUUCUGAAGUGCAUCAGAGGUUGGAGGUGCUCACUACCUCCCUGCAGGAGGACAUGGAGAAGGAGAUGGACAGGCUCAGAGAUACAGAGAGGACUCUGCAGGCUGUCGCUCAGGCUGUUGUCAGACUGUCCAGAGUCCUGAGCAGUAGUGGUUGGACUCUUGCCGUGCCUUCAGACAGUGUCCUCAGCCUGGACCUGUCCUCCCUGCUGUCCGUCCUGUCUCAGACUGAGAGCGUCCUGCAGUGCAGACACAAGGAGCUGCAGGGGGCGGAGCUUAGUGUGAGGAGGCUCAGGGAGGAGAACACGUCUCUGCAGCUCCACCUCAAACAGCUGGAAGACCAGAACCAACACAUGGAUGUCUACACACAGCAGGAGCUGGCACACACGCUGGACACGCUCAACAGAGGGAAUGAGGUGUCGACCUCUCUACGUCUGCAGGUGAAGGAGGUGCAAAACAGAGAGGAGGAAGUAAAGAGAGAGAACAAAAGACUGAGGAAGGAGAGAGACCUCCUUGAGGACAGAAACCAGGAGCUAGAGACGGAGACACACAGACGGGUAGAAGCGGAGCUUCUAGAGAAUGUCCAGCUGUCAGAAAGGGAAACUCAUCAGAAGAUGGAGGUCCUCCGUCUGAAGGCAGUGCUGGAGAGGGAGCAGCUGGACAGGCAGAGAGCAGAGGGUGAAGCUUUAGAUGUCAGAGUUGCGCUGGAGAAGUGCAGGGAGGAGGUGCUGCACCUGUCCUCCUCAGAGACACUGCUGAGACAAGAGGUAGAAAAUGGAAGAAAUGCUCUGGAGAAGAUGUCUGUUCUGAACUCGUCUUUAGUCUCGGACAAAAGAAAUCUGAACCAGCAACUACUGCAGCUGGAGGUGGAGCUGUCAGACAGCCAGUCACAGCUGAGGAGUGUGAGGUCAGAGGUCAUUGCUGUGCAGACAGACGCUAAUGCUUUGAGAAGAGACUGCAGCCGCCUCAG